AAAUUUGAGAAACUAGAAGAUGAAGACGAAAAGUUUUAUCCAUAUCAUCACAAACCUUGCACCACUACAAAAAAAACUACCACAACACCAGCUUCUACUUGCACUAAGAAAUUUGUGAAUGAUGAUGAUGAUGAAAAGAAAUAUUACAAAUUUGGGCAUGAUGAUAAAUAUGAUCCACAUCAUCACAAACUCGAGGAUGAUGAUAAAUAUGAUCCACACAAACUCGAGGAUGAUGAUAAAUAUGAUCCACACAAACUCGAAGAUGAUGAUAAAUAUGAUCCACACCAUCACAAACUCGAAGAUGAUGAUAAAUAUGAUCCACACCAUCACAAACUCGGAGAUGAUGAUGAUAAAAAGAAUUAUGAUCCACAUCAUGAAAAAGAAUGCACUACCACAACUACCACAACUUCCGCAAAACCUACCCCCACCU